AUGGAUGAUGAUAUCCUAAUGACGUCUUUCUUCACUUGGCUUGAAGAAAACGGAGAAGCAUUGAGUUAUCCUGUAACUUUUGAAUCUGCUGAAAAUUUACGACUAAAUUUCCUACUAGACGAGCAAUAUAUCAAAAUUAAUUUUGAAGAUUUCGAGAUUUCUUCAAGCUCUAAGAAUUCUGCUAUCAAAUCCUGAAUAGAAUGGGCAAGCCAAACUCUGCAAGAUUGUGCAAGUGAUUUGCUUACUGGUGAUAUGCAGAUUUCUAAGUUUUUAGAUAAAAUAAUCAAUAAAUACUCAGAAUACAAAGAAUUCGCCUCAGAUAAUGACUUUGGUUCUGAUACUGAAAUGGACUUAGACUACCAUGAUGAAAUAAUAGAAGCUGAAAACGAAAGAUUAGUAAAAACAGCUCAAAGAACUGGAAAAAGUGACGCCAGUUUCCAAGGUCUUCCUGAAUUCGCUCAAAACCACUUUAUCUUCAGAGAGGCUGCAGAAGCAGUAGAACUCUUAAACGAGACUUUUAACAGUUGCCCAGACCUCCGCCACUCCUGUAAAAUCACCAACAAUCCGGUCUUAAGCAAUAUUCGGCUAGAAAUUGAUUUGGCAUUUUUGGAUAUCCCAGACAGUGUUAUGAUUAUGCUAGAAUUAACCUACGAGUCUCCUUUAGUCAUAAGUAUUACUAUAAACGAUAAUAGGAUUAUUCAGACUUUGGACGAAAUACAAUGGACUCCUGCUCUUUUAGGAUCAUUAAACUUUGAGGUUCUACAAGGAGGGUCAAUGGACUCUUAUGGCUGCAGAGAAUAUAUAUUGGGAAGAGUUAGAAAAUAUAGAGACGAUGUUUAUAAUGCAAUGAAAAGCAAAGGCGGAAGCUCAGCACUUUCUUUGUCUAGAGAAAAUAGUAUAGAAAAUGCAAAAUAUAAAACAACGGCCAAUAAAAAUCUAGUAAAGCAGAUGGUCACUAUGGGUUUCCCUAAAGAUCUGGCCACAGAAGCGCUACAGCUUUCUCAAAAUGACUUAGACGCUGCUUUAGAUAUUGCUAAUACAGGUGUUUUUAGCAGCUAUAGAGGAGAAUUCGCUGAAGCUAUCAUCCCUUGCAACAACUUCUUUUACAAUAUGCUAUUCUAUAUGAGAGAUCGCAUCCAAAACUGUACGAAUUACUGCUUUAUCUGCUAUAAAAAGCAUAACUGUGACUCCAUUAGGCUUCGCGCUUGUAACCAAGAGAUCUGCGAAUUUAGAUUUGAAGAAAUUUCUGGGCUUUCUAUAUACGCUGAGCUUAAAAACAAUAUAAAUUUAAUAAUGCUAGACCUCUCCUUUGCCUCAGAAGCUGCAGCUUCAGCACGAGCCCAAACUGUAUUUGAACCAUUUCCUAGUUUUUUGCUAAAAAAAGAGCAGAUGAGAGGAAAGGCAGGAUUCUUGUCAAGAACUGGAGGACAAAAAUAUACAUCAGAAAUGGACAAUAAUAAAGACAUUGAAUAUUUAAGAGUAAUUCUUAGGUCGAUGCCUAACCCUCAUAUGCUGAAAGACCAAUGCUCAGAUGAACUGGCUUUGAGGGAUUAUUUGGCGACUCUUAUAGGAGAAAAUUCUAUGAUGACUUAUAAACUACUUAGAUAUAUUAUUGCUACUAAUAGGCUAGCGUUAGUGAGACUUGAUGGAGAAUGGAAAAUUAAAAAACUAGAUGAGGGAAUCCAGCAAUAUAUUGUGACUAACCAUUCACCUGAAGCUGAAAGGGAAUUUAAUAGGCUUAAGCAAAAACAUGGCUCAUUUUUUGCUUUUCAUGGGAGUGCUAUAGAAAAUUGGUACUCAAUUUUAAGAAAUGGGAUCAGAAAUCUUAGUAAUACUCAUAUGAUGACUGCAGGGGCUGCUGCGGGGCCUGGAGUUUAUAGUGCAGAAAAUAUGGGGACAUCUUUAGGCUACUCAAGGAUGUCUGAUGGAGGUUCUAUUUGGCCUUAUGGCAUCCUUCAUAAUCCUCCAACUGGCUGCAUGGCAAUUAUAGAAGUUAUUAAAAACAACAAAAACUACAAUACAGGCAGAGGUAUGUGGUUAAACCUUGCUAGGCCCACCUGUUGACUUAUUAUACCAGCGGUCCGCUCUUUAUAUAGUAUUUUUGUCUGGUGUGUACGUAAUCCAAAACGACAAAGAACUGAUUAUCCGAUACCUACUUCUCUGAAACUCCAGCGACUACAACAAAUUAAACGCUAAUGCCAACGAUCUAGAGCUUACAGACCAUUUAAAGAAGUUUGAAAAAGCAUUCGCAGCCAAAAAGGCAUCAAUCCGCAAAGCUCGCAUUGACGAAGCAAUCAGAAAAUCCUUGCAAAAAGCACAAACCGAGAAUCGGUCACAAAAAAUGUUCGAGGAGCAAAAAUCCCCUCAAGUCCAAAGGGCUGAUGAAAAUCAAAAAGACAUAGAGGCUGAAGAAAAAAUUAAAAAAAUCGAAAAAGCGUUUUCUGGGCAAGGAUCUGCCACAUCAAAUAAAAGGAUCCUUCAAGAAUACCGCUAUUUGUUAAAAUCCAAAGAAUGCAAAGGCUUAGUUCCUGAAUUUGAAGGAGGAUCUAAUAUGUAUAUAUGGCAAGUGCAUCUUAAUGUUACUCAAUUUGAGAUCCCAAAAGACCUUCAGAAAGAAUUUGAAGCCUAUUCUAACUCCCCCCACCCGCGAGCUAACAAAAACCAUUAGAAAAAAUCCCUAUUUUUUGCCAAAACCCACCCUCCGUUAGCGAACAAACAAUUUUGAUACAUAAAUAAUAAUUAUUAUAAUGAAAUCUCUAUCUAAUUCUGCUUAAUUUUAAAUAAAUUGCAUUUUAAAAACAUAAAUUUUUAAAUUAAAUUAUUUUUUGUUUUCCAAUCUUUUAGAAUUGGGUUUUAAAUUUUGAAAAAAAAAGCCCCCUGUGAGCGAACAAAAAAAUUUUGUUCGCUCAUGGAGGGGGAGUAAGCGCUAUGGCAGAGAAAAAGAAAUUCUAUUUGAGGUCAGAUUUGAUGCAAAUUUCCCUUUCAAUCCUCCUUUUGUAAGAAUUGUGAGGCCAAGAUUUGCUUUUCAUACUGGACAUGUCACGAUCGGAGGGUCUAUUUGUAUGCAAUCUUUGACGCCUUCAGGGUGGAUUCCUGUGAGAACUGUAGAGAGCAUUUUUAUUGAAAUUUUAUUUAAUAUGUUGGAGGGAGGGGCUAAGCUGGACCCGAAUCAGUCAUAUGUUGAUUAUUCAUUGGGAGAAGCUCAAGAAGCUUUUGAUAGAGUUGCAAGACAACAUAAUUGGCUUAAUUAA